CCGGAAGCAAACGGAUGGUGUUCGGUCAUUUUCAUCCCUCGCGACAGAGAUGACUCCACCCCCGAACGCCACCGACGCCGCCGAAGUCCAGCGAGCUCUCGCCCGCUGCCGCGCCCUCCGCGACCGCCUCCUCCGCUCCCUUCCUCCCUCGAAGCUCUCCCCUCCCGCCCGUCGCACCCUCCUCCGCCUCGUCGACGCCGAGCUCCGCUUCCUCUCCCGCCUCUCGUCCUCUGCCCUCUCCCACCCCAUCCCCAAUCACCUCUCCACAAACCUCGGCUACCUCGAAUCCAUCGCCCGCGUCCUCUUCCACCCCUCCGUCCUCGCCGUCUCCCGCGUCUGCAAGCCCCUCCGCCCCUCCUCCUCCCACGUCGACGUCGUCGCCACCCUUGCCCGCGCCCCCGUUUGGUUCCUUGUCUCCGAUCGAAACCCCCACCACCUCCCUUGGUUUGGCCCCAAGGGUCUCCACGCCCGCGUCGAGCGCAUCCUCGCUGCAGCCCGCUCCGCCGGCGCCCUCACCCCGGCCUCCGUCCUCUUCGUCUUUUCCAGCGGCCUCGCCGAUGAAGCCGCCUCGAGAAUGGUAAACGAGUUCGGCGCCGUUGAGACCGACUUCUUCGGUGGUUCGGACUUGUUCGAGGAGUUGGAGGAGGGGUGGUUGGGUGUGAGAGCCAAGGAGAGCAAGGUGUUUGAGAUAAAGAUUGAUUCGAACUGCGGGGGUGAUGGAGUUGUGCCGUUGGGAGUUGUCGAGGAUGAAGUGGAGGUGGGUUCGGGGCAUGGGGUUUUUGGUUCUUUGAUUUCGAAGUUAAGUCCUCCGGGCGGAGGGGAGACCGUGGAGGUGAUAAACUUUGAUACGACGGCGUUAGUUGCGAUGGUUUCGGGGAUCAGCAAUGGUGGUUGCGAGCGGCUGCUGAAGGCACCGGAGGAUGAGAUGAGAGCAAGAUUUAAGAGCAACUACGAGUUCGUGAUGGCGCAGGUGAUCUCUGAACUUCAGAAUCCAAUUCUAGCGGAAUUAGAAAUUGCAGUAGCUGGAAAGAAAGGUAUUAUCUGCGAAAGUGUUCGUUCAGAAUUUAAGGAGCUUAUUGCAAUGUGUGGAGGAGCCAAUGAAAAGUUGAGAGCUGCUCGACUAAUAAAGUGUCUCCUGGUUGUGCCAGACAAUCCUUCAGCUCGUGUGACCAGUCUUCCAACCACAAGAAAGAUAGACUUGAAGAACAAGAUUGUUUUUGGGACGGGGGAUCAUUGGCAUGCUCCAACUUUGACUGCCAAUAUGGGUUUUGUGCGAGCAAUUUCACAAACUGUAAAGUGUCGAGAUUCCAGGCAGGCCCCAUCUUUCAAGGCGAAAUUCAAGACGUGACAAAAGCAACAAAUAACAAAAUUUUAUUAGGCGAAUGAACAUGUGGACAUCAUAAUGUUUUUACUGCAAAGCUUACUGGAAAAGUUUGAAUCUCAUACUGAUGUGAUAAACAAAAUAAAAGUUCACUGGAACAUCAGAAAAGAAAAUGCCAUUCAAAUAUAUGGCCAACUACUAGUUCGCGAGAAUACAUUCCAUCUAAACAAAAUGGCAACAAACAUCAUGGUUUUUUCC